AUGGCUAUCCGAUUUCCUGGUAUUAUGCAUGCUAAGCAGAUUCUCCGACGAGGAAGUCUUUCUGCAAACCGAGCAGAUUCGACAUCUUCCGUAGGUGUUCCAAAAGGCUUCUUAGCAGUGUAUGUUGGAGAGAGCAAAAGAAAGCGAUACAUGGUUCCGAUUUCAUUCUUGAGUCAGGCUUCAUUUCAAGAGUUGCUAAGUAAGGCAGAGGAAGAAUUUGGAUUUGACCAUCCAAUGGGUGGACUCACAAUCCCUUGCAGAGAAGAAAUCUUCAUUAAUCUCACUUCUCAGUUGAAUGGCAUGUGA